AUGUGCCCAUGUUAAUAAGGGGAGCUCAUUUGAAUGACAAUGCUUCUCCUGGCAGUGCAUUUCAUCAGCCUUUAUAUGAACGUGGAGCAUCAGUAAUGCAGUGUGAAUGAGGGGCUUUGAUUUGAUAGGGUGAGGAGAGACAUAAGGUGACUAUGGAGCACACGGGGAAGAUUUUCUUUUAUGAGGAAAAGAACUUCAAGGGUCAUCACUAUGAAUGCAGCGGGGACUGCCAUGAGCUCAGCACCCACUUCCAGCGAUGUAACUCCAUCCGGGUGGAGAGCGGGGCUUGGGUCAUCUAUGAGAGACCCCAAUACAAGGGCUACCAGUACGUCCUCAACAGAGGGGAGUACCCCAACUACCAGAGCUGGAACGGCUUCAACGACACCAUCCGCUCCUGUCGGCUCAUCAGACACCUUUCUAGCGUGCACAAGAUCCGCAUCUACGAGCAUGCAGACUUCAACGGCCAGAUGUUCGAGUUGAGCGAGGACCUGCCCAACCUGCUGGACCACUGGCGCCAUCGUGACAUUCGCUCGGCCCACGUCCAGGACGGCAGCUGGGUCUUCUACGAGCAUCCCAACUACAGGGGGCGCCAGUACCUGCUGGAGAAGGGCGAAUACAGACGGCACCCAGACUGGGGGGCCCAGCAUCCAUCCGUGGGCUCCAUUAGACGUGUCGUGGACACAUAAACCUUCCUGUUUCUCACCUUCCUCCACCCAUUACCCUGAACUCCACCUGCAAAUAAAAGCACACAAACUGCA